GGAAACUCCAAAAGAGAAGCUGAAACAGCAGAGAAAUGUGCAUGGUGAAAAUUGGCUUAUGGCAUGGGUUUCUUAAACUAUGAUCAGUCAUUAAUUUGAAUUUCUCUGGUAGAGAGCUUCGUUGCAAUUUGCAUAAUUUGAUUUGAGAAGUGGGUAGAAUUGUGGAUUUCUGAUAGGAAUGCAGGAGAAAUUCCAUUGGUUGUUUCAGCUUUUCUGAUUCUAGGACCUUGGUUGAUCAGGGAACAUUUACAUGGAAACUGAUUUUAUCUUCAACAAUCUAAGAGUCUGGGAUGUUGAAUUUAUCACUGGAUAUGAUUUUGAUGUUCCGUGGAUAAAUUUCAUGUUGGAAAUUGUCAGAGAAUUUGAAAUUUCUUUAUGUUAAGCGAACGGUUUAGAAACUAAGAAAAUGGAGAAAGUGUGUGAAUUUUGUGCGGAAUCCAAGCCUGUGGUGUACUGCAAGGCUGAUGCAGCAUAUCUUUGCCUUUCUUGUGAUUCACGGGUUCAUUCAGCUAAUUCUUUGUCUGAGAAGCAUUUCCGAGCCCUUCUUUGUGAUGGUUGCAGAAAUCAUCCGGCAUAUUCCCGGUGCUUGGAUCAUCGGAUGCUCAUGUGUCAUGGUUGUGACCAGAAGCUUCAUGCAAUCGAUUCCCAGCAUAAAAAACGAGCAAUGAGUAGUUACAGGGGUUGCCCCUCUGCCAGGGAUUUUGCAGUUUUAUGGGGUUAUGACUUAAAUGAGCUUUGUGCCAGUGGUUUUCAAGAUCAGCUUGUCUCAGCCUCAUCUGGUUCUCUAUCUCCCAGUGUGGCAAAUUUGGACAUUGCAAGAAACUUAUGCCCAUUGACUGAAGUGUCUUCUUUGACGGAAGUGGAAUCAAACAGUCUACAAGGCACGCAGCGAGAAACUUGCAUCAUUCUGCAACAAAUUCUUGACUUAGAAAGGCUUCAGCUCACAGAGAGAAAGAGUCAUUCUUCUUUGAUCCGUGCAGAAAUGCAAGCUGACAUAUACUCAUCUAAAAACAAUAAUUCAGGCCCACUCGGUGAAGAUCUUGAUCAUAACUUCUUAAAUCCUCAAGGUCUUAGUAUUGAUAUUCAACAAAUGGACAGAAUGAAUCAUGAGUUACAAGUGCAGCCUUUUCCCUUGCCUUUCUCUCAACUGGAGCUGUUAAACUCUUCUUCAAGUUCUGAAAUUCCUUUGCAUGGAGACAUAUAUUGGCAGUGCAAGAGUCCAGCUCAGACUAGCCAGCUGUGGACUCAAACUAUGGAAGAUCUUGAAAUUUGUGAGGAAACUGUUUGCAAUGAUGAUUUUAAUAUACCUGAUGUUGAUCUGACAUUCCAAAAUUAUGAAGAACUAUUUAGUGGUGAUCAAGAUCAUAUUAGAUCGUUAUUUGGUGAGAAGGACAUUGGUUUCUCCUCCAUGGACAAGGAUAUAUCCCUUGAAAAAUCAGAUAAUGGCUAUUCAAGAGCAAUAGAGGAUAUUUCAGUUGUUCCAUCUGUUUAUGUCUCUCAAUCAUCUCAUCAAUACAAAAGCAUUGGACACUCUGAUCAAUCUUAUCAAAUUGGUGGAAGCAUGGAUUCUCAUCAUUUAAUUCGACCAUCUUACUCAUGUUUGCCAUUCUCUGUUUCAAGGCUCAGUGCUGAAAGCAGUGCCUCCGAUUGUCUUGACAGUGGAAUUUCUCCCAACACUAUACAAGCAUCAUGGAAUUCACCAGAUGUGGAGAAUACUCAUUCUGAAGCCAAAGAAAAUGCCAUGAUUAGGUACAAAGAGAAGAAAAUGGCUCGGACGUAUGAGAAACGAAUUCGAUAUGCUUCUAGAAAAGCUACAGCUGAUGUAAGGAAACGGGUCAAAGGAAGAUUUGUCAAGGCAGAAGUAUAUGAAUCUGAUACUAUUAAUAUGACAAGAAGCUGUUGAAUACAUUUUUCGUUGUUCUGUCAUUCUUGGUUUUGUACAUAUUCAAUCUGAUACAAGUUGGAACCAGGUUGUCUGGUAUUCACCACUUGUAUUAAUUCAGUUUAUUUCAUUCUCUGGGCCUUGCAUAUGCAUGAGCCAUGUCAUGUUUUAUUGAAGCAAAAAAGCAAUAAAGCUAGAAGCUUGGUAUUCAUAAAUAUUUUUUUCUCU